AUGAAUGCUAGUAUAAUCCAAAGUAGCUCGUGGGUGAUGAAGAACAUCUUGGCCUUGAGAAAUGUUGUGCAGCAACAUCAGCAGGUCAGGGACAACAUGCUUGGUCAACAUAAAUUCAAUAUGAGUGCAAUGUAUGAGGUUCUGGCUCAUAGUAACCAGAAUGUGGAGUGGAGGCGUCUGCUGAAGAGAAGUGCUGCAAGACCAAGAGCCAAGUUCAUCACAUGGUUGACUUGCCAUAGAAAAUUGGCAAUAAAAGACAAACUCAAAAGAUUCAAUAUGAUUGAUUCCAGCACCUACAGCCUUUGCCAUACUGAUGAGGAAAGCAUUAGCCAUUUGUUUUUUACUUGUAGGGAGACUGUGAACAUUUGGAAGCAGGUUCUAAUGUGGAUGAAUAUUGAUCACCAACCGAAGCUGUGGUAUGAUGAGAUCAUGUGGGCUUUGCAGUAUGUUUCACGCAAGGGUUGGAGAGCUAGCCUAAUGAAGAUUGCUCUGGCUGGAGUAAUCUAUGGUAUUUGGCAUAGAAGAAACAUGGUAGUUUUUGGUCAUACUACUCAAUUUGAUACUGUACAGAAUAUUAUAGACAACAAAGUUUAUAGGGGCUGGCUUUAUAGGAGAACUAGAAGCCAUAUUGCUUAA